GAAAUAAACCUCAAAUUUGUGUUAAACUUCAAUUAGCUGUAUUUUUUUGUCGACUUGGUUCUACUGGAAGUUUGUUUGAAGUUUGUUCAAAAUUUGGAAUAGGAGAAGGAACAUGUAAAAAAGUUCAUAAAGGGUUUGAAGAUUUAGGAGGGUUAAAAAAUAUAAUUGGAGCAGUUGAUAGAACACAUAUUCUUAUGAAAAAUGCUCCAAACAAAGAUUCAGAAGUUUAUUUUACUCGAAAAAAACAUUAUGCUAUUCAUUGUCAAGAUUAUUCUAAUCUUAUUCAAGGAAAUGAUUAUCUUUUAG